UGGGUAGACUACUUAAAAUUUAGCAUUUUAUCUGUUAAUCGGGUUCAUUAACGCUAAUUGAACUGAAAUUUUUAGUAAUUUCUAAUUUCAGUUUUUAUAUGCCCAAGGUGUUUAUUUCAACAAAAGGUAAUUUGCAGAAUUUUUUCACAGAAUUAAAACAGAUGUGGCAUUGGCCAUGCAUAGGCCAUGAAUAUGAAUUAUGAUUAUGCUCGGCUGUGAUGAGUGUGUGACUUACAAUGCAUGACCAGCAGACCAGGUGACUCGACUUAGUCUGAGGCAUAAAUGAUCAAGCUAACUUCAAGGCCUGUAGCAGUGUGGAAAUAGUGAACUGUUGCAGAUAUUGCACUGGUGUUCAAGAUCAGCUGGCAAAUGACCAGCCUGAAACAGCACAGGAUGGCGACUCAACAGAAGAAAUGCCCCAGUCUCAAGAUAACGAGGAGGUCAUUGAUGGUGAGGACAAGACAGGAAUAACAGAUGUUGUCGAGGAUGUCAAUGUCCAGGCACUGAAGGAGGAAAAGGAUACUUCUGGAGUGCCCGGUGAAGGUGAAAAUCGACCGGGGUCUACACAACGACCGGGGUCUGGAGAGCGUCCAGCAUCUGCUCAGCGGCCAGGGAGUGGGCAGCGUCCACCCUCGGGUCAGAGACCUCAAUCUGCACCUAGAUCGCCUAAAGACCAGCCACAGGUGGAUGAAGAACCUGAACGGGCACCCUCCACUGACCGCCCAGCAUCCACAACCAGGCCAGCUUCGGCACAGCGGCCUGGUUCAGCAGGGUCAAGGAAAGGAUCACCAGCAGCUGGCGGGGCUGGAACACCUGACCGUCCUCCGUCUGGCAGCCGGCCAGGAUCAGGUCAGAGGCCUGGCUCAGGUCAGCGACCUAGUUCAGCCCAGCGACCUGGCUCAGCCCAGAGACCCCCAUCUGGUGGACAACCAGCAGAAGACCCAAUACCAGCCUCAGGCAUGACAAGUAGACCAGGUUCUGCUACUCGGCCAAGGUCGCCAACCAGACCUGGCUCUUCUACCAGGAGAUCCCCUCAAGUCGAGCAGGAUCGACGUGGUGAUGGCCCAAUCCAGGAUGAGGAAGACACAGCAGGAUUCAGCAGACGUGUAACAGGUACGGAAGGUAGCCAGGGUGGCGGUGGGGGAGACCGUCAGAGGUACACUGAGUUGGUCCCUGUAGACAGCAACCAGGAAGACGGUGAAGAGGAGGAGGAAGAGGAAGGAGAAGAUGAUGUGGGCGAAGACUCAGACGUGUCCGAUGACGAGAGCGAAAUGGUGGUGCUGGAUCCCGAUCAUCCCCUGAUGAAGCGCUUCCAAGUGGCUCUGAAAGACCACCUGACCAAGCAGCAGACCAAGGUCACCCUUGAGCUGCGGGAGCUGACUGAGGCGCUCAGGAACAGGCGACGGGAGCGGGAGGAACUGGGCGUCAACCUGUACGGCCUACAGCAGGAGCUGGCCCGCCUGCAGAUGAUGCUGGAGCACCAGCACGAUGAGCUGAGCGGUGCAGCGCAGCGGCGCCAGCAGUGCGAGGAGCAGCUGCAGGACGUGCGGGGCAUGUACAAGAGCACGCAGGAGAAUGUGACACAACAGCGUAAAGAUGCUUCCAGCCUACAGACAGAGGUGGAAAACUUGGCCCUACAUCUUUUCUACAUGACUAAUGCCAAAGAGGACAUCCGGGGGGACAUCGCUGUCAUGAGACGGGCAGCAGAGAAGGCUGACAGUGAAGUCAACCAGGCAGAGAUCACCAAACAAAAACAGGAUCUGUAUGUGGACAGACUGACAGAGAACGUCGACAAGCUCCGUGAACAGAUUGCUCUGUAUGAAGCCCAGUGUUUUGCCCAGAGUGAAGAGACAAAGGCGGCCAAGGAAGCACUGGCUGAGGCCCGCUUGGAGAUCGAGUCGAUAAAUUUGGAGAGGAAACAGCUAUACCAGCAAUGGAACAGCAGCAUUAUCGGCAUGAGACGACGUGACGAGGCCCACGCUGCAAUGCAGGAAGCUCUCAGCCAACAGAGGCAACGGAUCCUGUCGCUGCAGACGGAGAUCGAUGGUUACCGCAAGUCCAUCGCCAAGGAGCAAGAGAACAACGAGACGCUGACCAUCCUGGUCAACAAGAACGAGGCGGACAUGAACACGGUGCGCAAGCUGAUCGCCACUUGCACGGCCCGGCAGGAGCAGAUCAAGCAGGACUACAGCACCUACACGCGUAUGCUGCAUGAAACAGAGCAGGCCCUCAACAGGGCAACCACGGACCGAACGCUGAAGAUGAACGAGGUCAAUGCCCUGCGCAAGCAGAUCGAGCGCGAAUUCCUGGAAAAGAUGCGACUGGAGGAGGCCAUCAUGGAAACCAUGCGGCAGAAGAUGACGAUGGACAAAGUGUCUCAAUAUGCCAACAAGAUGGCCAACAAAACCCGCAAGCUCAUCGCGGAACAGGAAGCAGCCAGGGCCAAGGUGGAGAACGAAAUCUCUCGGGACACCCUGGACCUGUCUCACACCCUGACUCGCGUGGAGCACCUGCACAAGAGCAUGCAGGAGCUGGACAGGGAGAUCCACGAGAAAAAUGAGAUCAUCUCCCGCAGCGAGAACGAGAUCGUCAAGCGCAACGCUGUCAUUGAGCGUAAGCAGGGACUGAUCGACCAGUACAACAAAAAAAUUGAGGCCAUCAUCAGCUCCCAAGGGGGUGAGGAGCUGGGCCCCCUGGAGCAGGAGGUCAACGGCCUGCAAAAGAACAUCGAUGCCAGGGUGCAGGAAAUUGCUGACUUGCAGCAGUACUGGCUGCGGCAGCAGAGUGAGCUGGUCAAGCUGACCCAGGAAAAAGACAGCCAGCAGACGGAGGUCAACACCAUGAAGAAAGCCCUGACCAUCCUCUUCCAGAAAAAGCUGCGCAUCGAGAAUGACAUCAGCACCCAGCAAAACGAGCACCGAGACGUGGAGCACAGCAUCCGCAGCAUGCAGAAUGACAUGCUGAAGCUGAACCUGCUGCUGACCAAGGAGGGCAAGACGCGAGAGCAGCUGAAGCAGGACAACGUCCUGAUGGAGAAUGACUUCAUCCUGUCGCUCAAGGAGGCGGAGCGGGAGAGCAUCGAGAUGCAGAACCAGCUGGAAGGGCUCGGGGAGGAGAAGGAGCGGCUGCUCAACAGCCUGGUGGAGGCGGAGCGUCAGAUCAUGCUGUGGGAGAAGAAAACCCAGCUGGCUCGCGAGGCCAAGGCCACCGUAGAUUCGGAGGUCGGCCAGGGUGAGAUUCGAGCCAUGACCGCCGAGAUCCACCGCAUGGAGGUGCGACACACCCAGCUCAUGAAACUACAGGAGAAGCUCAUUCAGGACAUGGAGAAGGCGGUAUCUCGCCGGGACACCAUCGUGACUCGUGGUGAUGCCCAGUCCAAGCUCAACAAGAAGGUGGAGACUAAGGGAACAUUCCAGAAGAAACUGACGGAGAUGAGGAAGAAGAUCAAACAGACGCAGCAGGAUGCUGGUAACUGUGACCAGGAUAUCCAGGAACUGCGUAGCCACCAGCAGAUGCUGAGCCAACAGCUGGAAGAGAAACAGACUGGCUUCCAGCAGCUCCAGAGCACGGCCGACACGCUGGAUGGAGACCUGGACCGACUGGUGGAGAUCAAGCAGAAGCACAUGACAGAUUUGCUGGCCAAGCAGCAGCGCGUCAAGUACUACCAGGCCCUGAAGGACGGCAAGUACACCCUGCUGUGCAAGACAGAAGCCGCCCUGGAGUCGGAGAUGCAGAAGCAGACCGACCGCACCCACACCAUCGCCACCAUCGUGGAUCGCAUCAACCAGGAGUACCCGCACGUCCAGCCGGCCAUGCGCAAGGUCAUGGUGAUGCUGAGCUCCAGGGGGGUGGGGGAGGAGGAGCAGUAGGCGGAAUGACAACCAUGGUCACAGGGUGGGGAGGAGGAGAAGUUGAAGGAACAGCACCGAGUUUGAAGAGAAGGGUCAAGAACAAUUGUUUCUAUAUAACUUGUGAAGGAGUGAGUGGUGAGCAAUAGAUGGAACAGCCUGUUGAGGAGGAAGUACAGAGGGUGUGAUUGCAACCCUUGGAAUUGCUGUAAAUCUGAAUAUUUGGAAAGCACUGUUUAUGUGGGGUAGUACAUGGCAUGUUUUCAUUUCACAACACACUCUGCUUAUUAAGAGAUUUAACUUAUGUCGUGAAUAGAGACUUUAAAAACUCUGUCCUCAAAGUUUAGUAGGUAUACAUCUAGGAAAAUUGUUUGAAUGACACUUAAUGGAAACAAUGUAAUACAGACUGAUGUUAAAUUGUACCAAUAUUGGGUGAUUUAUUUGCAUAAAGUCUCUUCUAUUAACCCCUUCUCAUCGGGAAGCAGUAAGAGACGUCGUAAAAAUUGAGAUCCCUCAGCCCGCUUUUCAGCUAUUAUUCUUGGCACACCCUGGCUCUUGUAUAUAUGGUGAUU